AUGUCCUGCAACAGCUGCUCUGGAAACCUCACCCCGUCCUUUGGGGGUCAGCUGCAAUACCCCAUCUCUUCCUGUGGUUCCUCCUACCCCAACAAUGUCUUCUACAGCACUGACCUCCAGACUCCCAUCACCCACCAGCUGGGCUGCUCUCUCCAGAGCGGGUGUCAGGAAACCUGCGAGCCCAUCGGCUGCCAGACCUCUUACGUGGUGUCCAGCCCCUGCCAGAGGCCUUGCUACCGCCAGAGGAUUCCAGUGUCCUGCAGCCCCUGCCAGUCAGCUUUCUCGGGAUCUCUGGGCUUUGGUUCCAGGGGCUUCCAGUCUUUUGGUUGUGGCUACCCAACCGUGGGCUUUGGAUCCCGUGGUGGUUUCCAGUCAGUGGGAUGUGGUACUCGCACUUUCUCAUCCCUAAAUUGUGGAUCCAGCUUUUACCGCCCAACCUGCUUCUCUUCUAAAAGCUGCCAGUCUGUUUCUUACCAGCCAACCUAUGGGACUGGCUUCUUCUGA